GCUCUACUCAAACAAAUGAUCAAAAUAUAGAAGGGAUAGACGGGCUUGUCACUCUCAGUCUUUGCCCUCUUCUGUGCGCCAUGGCCGCAGCGGAGCAGCCCCUGAAAAAGCGAAAGUUACAAGAACCGCCACCUCCGAAAUCUCCGCCGACCACCGCCACGCCACCUCCGCCGCCGACAGAACCACCUACACAACCUUCGCAGCCGCACACGCCUCCGCGGUUGUCUCAGGAAGAAAUCUUGCGAAGGCGCAGAAGCCAAGAAGAAAUUCGGAAUGUUUUUGAGUGCUAUAAGAGAAUAAAAUUCUGCAUCGGUCAGAAGGAUAAGCGUUUUAUGCCGGAACUGGAAGAAGCCUAUCUCUCUCUCAUCACGGCCGCUAGAGGUGGACUAUGUGUACAACGUCUAGUGGCAGAGCACAUACCGCACUAUGCAUCAUAUUGUCCAACUGCACUUGAAGCUGCAGCAAAUGUUGUAACAAGUAUGUAUAAUCGGUGCUUCGCAUUGAUAAGUAGGGGAGAAGACAUUGAUGGUAUUCCUUUUGAGACUGCUAAGACCUGCAUAUUAGGUCUAGUUGAUAUCUGCCAGGCUGCUUCUUCUGUGGCCUCAACUUCAGCAGUUAUUCAAGGGAUAUGUUCUGCAGUUUUUCUUCAUGUUUUUACUUUUCUCGUGUCCUCUUUCGAGGGAAAGGAUAUCUUUGGUAUUAUUGACUGGAGAGUCCUGAGAAUUUAUGAAGUUGCAGAAUCGUUUUCUGAUUUUAAGCGCGAGUUUUUGGAGGAAGAUAAUUCUGUGUUAUUCAAAUUGUCUAAGUUGCAUGCACUAAGUUUUUUGAGGAUUUUCUUCAGUUGUCCUAAAGAUUCACUUAUUGCUUGCUUUGAAAUCUUUAACUCCACUGGAAAGGAGGGGGCACAGAAAGGAAAUUACUUUCUUCGCCAGUUGACAAUUGAACUGAAUGAUAUUGGUACUCAUCGUGUGGAUGAGGGAUGUGCUGAAUCAUCCAUUCAAUCUAGCAGAACAGAAGGUGAUGAGAAGCAGCCUACUAACAGCUGUCCUCUAUCAAAGGGAAAUUCUUUUUCAAAUAGUACACCAGCAGUAAUAAAGAAUUGCUUGUUAGGACUGGUUCUUAAUAGAGAUCCAACGCUCAAAAGUUUGAUUUUUUCAAGAUACAGGAUGCUUUGCGAUUCUGCAUCUGCUGAAGUCGUUUCUGACAUUACAUCUGUUCUAGAAGAAGUAUUUGAAUCUUUUAUUCUACAAGUUAAGGCAGAAGACCGUCAAGUAGAUGGUGCUGAGGUUUCAGGGAGAGAUUGUCCACAGAAGCUUUCAGGCAUCCAUUUGAAAAAAGGUAGCACACAAAUCAAUGCUGGGGUUGAUCCUUUUGAUGGAGAAUCAAAGUCGAUGGAUUCUCAUUAUGGGGAUCCUGGAGAUCAUUCCAAUGCCAAAACGUUCAUGCCUAGGGAAUUGUUGAACCGACAGUCUUUCUCACCCAGAACGAGAGCGCCGCGGGAUUUCAGAAGCAACUCAUUUAAUGGUAGAAGCCAUUCUACCCAGGUAGAGAGGAGUCCAAUUCCGAAUAUCGACCAACCUAUACCUGCUCUAAGAUCCUCCACUGAAGCUGCAAAUUCUCCUUUUGAAUCUCCAAAGCAAAAUAUUCCUCCUCCUCAUUCAUCAACCCACCAUGCAAUAUGGUACUCUGAUGGAGACCCUGCUGCAAUGGAUAUCUUUCCAGCUUCAAAACAACUCUGGCUGGGGUCAUUAGGUCCUGAUGCAUCUGAAAUGCUUAUUAGGUUUCAGUUUGAGAAGUUUGGUCCUAUAGAUCAAUUGCGAUAUUUUCCAUUUAAAGGAUUUGCUACUAUUGAGUAUAGAAAUAUUAUGGAUGCUUUGAAAGCUAGGGAACUAAUGCGGGGGCGUUCCCCUUGGGGUGCCUGCCUACGGAUAAAGUUUUUGGAUACAGGAUUAGGAACAAGAGGAGCUAUAAAUGGUAUUGCUGUUGGUUCUAGUUGCCAUGUUUAUGUUGGAAAUGUUUCAAGCAAAUGGGCAAAGGAUGAGAUGAUGCAUGAAGUUAAGAAAGUACUUCACAAGGGCCCUCGCACGGUCAUUGAUCUUAGUAGUGAAGGUGCAUUAUUGAUGGAAUUUGAUGCACCUGAAGAAGCUGCCAUUUCAAUAGCUCAUCUACGGUGGCAUCGCAAGGAAAAUAGUAAUUUUUUCCCACCUCCCUCCAACUUAGGUCCAGCUAAUGUAAUGAUGCAUGCUGAAGGUGCAAGGCCUUCUCCUGCUUCAGUUCAUGUUGAUACGAGAAACAAUUUCCCUGCUAAUAGCAUGAUUGGAUCACCUCAUGGUCAGACUUUGAUAGAGAAGCCUCCUGAGAAUUAUUUGACAAGGACAUCGGGAUUGUCUUCAUUGCUUCAACAGUUACGUGCAAAGUAUAAUCUCACUCACCCCCAAGGUUCUUUUGAGAAUCAUGCGCAUGGUGCUCCAAUGUGGGAACAUGAACGAGCACCAACAAACACACUUUGGAUUAAUAUUCCAAAUAUAAGCCCCUCGUGUAUCACUGAUGAUGAGCUUUUGGCUGUUUGCAACAUUGCAAUCAAUAAAACUGGAUCUGUUGUCAGGAUGAGUAGAACAAGUAUGCCAAGAGGUUCUUAUUGGGUUAUUGAAUGUAGCAGCACAGAUACAGCAAAUACUUUAUUGAAGAAUUUACGAGACUGUCCUGGGAUUUUCUUCCAGAUAGAAUUCAGAAAUCCUGCAAACCCCCACGUCACAACUCCCUCAGUAAGACCAGAUAGCAGUUCUCUGGAACUUACAUCACCAAGAAUAAGUCAGGAACAUUGUGGGUCUAUGAUGCAAAGUGCGAACCCUUUCCAGUCAACUUGGACUGCUGGAGGAAUUGUGGAAAUUGGAAGAAGUGGUACAACUGAACAAUCAUGGGUGUAUGGAAAACCUGAAAGUGGAAUACAUCCUGGAGUAAGCAUUGCAUCCAUAUCUAAAACUCCAGGACCAUCUAUUACACCACAGCAGCCGAUUCAAGCUUCUACAUUCGCUCGACCUGUCUAUGCACCUCCUAAUAGUUUGUGGGAUGCACGUGGGGUGGGUCAUCAUCUGCCUCCAAAGCAUAUUCCUUCUCCUGUAAUGCCAGCUAAUGCUCACGGUAAUCUGCAAGGCCCGCCAUUUUUACCUGCUUCUGUGACUCCAUUGGCACAGAUCCAUGGAAGUUCUAUGGCACCAUAUGAUCAGAUGUUCUCUAUGCCUGUUGUCCCUCCUCCAUUAUCAUCUUUACCACCACCUCCACCUAAUUUGCCUCCUCCCUUACCUCAGUCUGAUUUCCGUCCUCCUUUGCCUCCUCAGCCUGAGUUACAGCCUCCGCUGCCUCCAACACCUCCACCUCCACCUCCACCUCCACCUCCCCCCCAUUCCCAGCCUCCUGCAUUUCCUCCUCCCCCUAGUUCUCCACCCCCACCUCCUCCAUCUGUAGCUGCUGAUACAGAGACUAGGUCUUCCCAGCACUAUCCCUGGCAAGGGAUAUUGAGUAAAAGUGGCGUUUACUACUGUACAAUACAUGCACAACGAGUGGAUUCUGAUAUUUGCAACUACUCAAAUGCUAUUGUUGAGCCUGCAGAAUGGCCUGCUAGGUUGGAUAUGACAAAACGCACUGAUCUCCGGCAUGUGAAAUCAACAUUUUCUAGUACCCCGCCUCACAGAAGAGAAAUUUGUUGGCUGCUUCCAUCCUCUAGUGGCGAUCACAAGGGUUUUCAAGAUUUCAUAUCAUACCUGAAGCAGCGAGACUGUGCAGGAGUAAUCAAAAUCCCAGCUGCAAAGUCCAUGUGGGCAAGACUACUUUUUAUUCUCCCAUACUCGCCCGAAAUGUGUUCCAUGCUAUCCAUUCCUCCUAAUCCCUCUCUUUGCCUGAUCGGUUUGAUUCUUCCUAAAGAAACAAACUCGGAGUUGUCGUGAUGGGAGCACUUAAACACUUGUGCUCUAUGAAACGCUUCAGAACACAAGUCGACGACAUUGGUCCCAUCUGUCGUGUGUUGGAACUCUCAAGCUGUGAAAUCUUGCUCCUUGCAAUAGCUCCUUCUAGUUAUAUUUCAGAUGGUACUUGGUUUGCUUUUGGUGAUUUUGACAGAAACAUGGAGGCAGAAUUUGUAGUAUAGUUUAUCAUAUUGCCAGACCCAACUGUUUAUCAUUAUUUAAGCCACAGCCAUUGCAGAUUCCUUCAUUUGGGAAUUAUUGUGGGAUACCGUUUUGUUAUCCAAUUAAAGCAGUUGUUCCUAGCAUAGAAUUGAUCAUUAACUGGCUAUAGUCCAACUAUCUAAUUCAAAUCACCCUGCAAUCCCUGUACAGGAAAUUUUUGUCAGUGUUUCUACAGCUUCAUAUAUUUGUUAUUAUAGAUUGGUUAAUUUAUAAUGCAUUGUUGAUUUGUUGAUAGUGGUUCUAUGUGUGAUAAAUUUUCCUAACUAAAGAAUAUUUGCUUUCAAAGCUUAACUUUUAGUGGAUACAACUUUAACUUGGAUCCGAGCAGGUGUGUUGUGCUUGUCAUCAAGACAUUGUCUCAGGACUCGGA